GUGAAAUGUUAAUUUUGUUCUUGUGAACAGUAAUUAUUUUUCCCUUUACGCUCUUUUAAGAACAUCCACGAGUACCCGAUUUAAAGAAUAUGUCGUUCAUUAAUUUGUGUAUAAAUACAACUAAAGCUUCCCAAUGGUCGCCUGGUGACACGCGGAGUGAACGCUCACGUAUCCAUGGCAACGGCUUCCGCUGUGGAUCAUCCCAAGAUGGCGGACGAGGAGGUCUCCGCGGCGCUCCCGGUUUCCACUGAAGCCAAGAAGCGACGAGCACCUAAAGCUCCAGAGCUUCCCAUCGUGGAGAGGAGAAACUGGCUGAUCCACCAGCACUACAUCCGCAAGGACUACGAUACCUGCAAGGCGAUCAUCAAAGAGCAGCUGCAGGAGACUAACGGAACGUGUGAAUACGGGAUUUAUGUCCAAGCACUAAUCAUGCGUCUUGAGGGCAAGAUCCAACAGUCCCUGGAGCUGUUCCAGAGCUGCGCCAUCCUGAAUCCCAGCAGCGCCGACAAUCUCAAGCAAGUGGCCAGAUCGCUAUUUCUCCUGGGAAAGCACAAAGCAGCUAUUGAAUUCUAUCACGAAGCUGCAAGGCUCAAUGAGAAAGACUGGGAGAUCAGUCAUAAUCUGGGGUUGUGCUAUUUCUUCAUCAAAGACUUGAAACAUGCUGAAGAGCAGCUAAACAUAGCUCUCCGGAUUAAUAAACACGACAAGACGUUCAUGAUGCUCGGGAAGGUUCAUCUGCUGGCCGGGGAAACGGACAAGGCCGCCGAAGUGCUGCGGAUGGCCGUGGAAUUUUCUCCAGAGAACACUGAACUCUUGACUACUCUCGGCCUGCUGUUUUUACAGCUUGGGAAAUACCAAAAAGCAUUUGAGCACCUUGGAAAUGCUCUCACCUUUGACCCAAACAAUUACAAGGCCAUCCUGGCUGCAGGCAGCAUGAUGCAGACCCACGGGGACUUUGAUGUGGCCAUGAGCAAGUACCGAGUGGCGGCCUGCGCCGUGCCGGAGAGCCCCCCCCUCUGGAACAACAUCGGCAUGUGCUUCUUUGGAAAAAAGAAAUACGUAGCCGCCAUCAGCUGCCUGAAACGAGCCCACUACAUGUCCCCCUUUGACUGGAAGGUGCUGUACAACCUGGGGCUGGUCCACUUGACCAUGCAGCAGUUUGCCUCUGCCUUCCACUUCCUCAGCGCAGCCAUCAACCUGAACCCCCGCAUGGGGGAACUCUACAUGCUGCUGGCAGUGGCUCUGACCAACUUGGAGGAUGUGGAGAACGCCACCAGAGCGUACGAGCAAGCUGCCACCAUUGACGAAUCCAACCCCCUUGUCAACCUCAACUUUGCCAUCUUCCUCUAUAAUCAUGGCGAUAAAAAGGCAACUCUGGAUCAGUAUCAGGAGAUGGAGAGGAAAGUCAACCUACUUCGAGACAGCAAUAGCACCUUUGAAUUUGAUCCCGAGCUAAUGGACAUGGCUCAGAAGAUGGGAGCUGCCCUGCAGGUGACCGAGGGUCUGGUGUGGACUAAACCCGGCAAGGACUCCAAAUCCAAACCCAACUCUGGCGCAGCCUCCAAUGCCCCUGGUCCUCCCCUUGGUACCAACCAAGCUCUGGGCCAAGCCAUGUCUUCUGCCGCCAGCUACAGCAAGAACCUGCAGCAACCAUCAGGAGCUGUCGAAGGCCCCCCCACGCCCCUCGAGCCAGAAGCGGACGUGGAGAAAGCCCCCAGCCCCCCCACUGGUCCUCCAGGCUCCCCAAAACCUGCAGAGUCGGAGAAUCCCAGACCCAGAACCUCCAAGAGGAAAUCCAAGGUGGAGGAAUGAGUUGGUUAUAUUUGUCACAUUAAGGUAGUUUGAAAUGAGAUAGAAAAGCGAAUGGCCCAACAACACCAACUACAUUUUUUUUAACCCAAAGUGUUCCGGGUACAUGUGGCGGGUUUGGUACACGUGUCAAAACCAAUUCCAAUUGCAUGAUUGAAUUGAAUGUGGGCCCUUGUGCACUUACAAAUGUUAAUAUUUGGAUGAGCUUAGCAAUAAGAUUAAGUGAUGAAUGUUCCUUAAAUUGACAUUUCAAGAGAGGUUGUCAGUCCUGAAAUAUAUGAAAUGCUGCGACAAUCACUGCUGUAAUCUGAGGACGUGAAGGGGCGUUUAUGAAUAGUUGCAGGAUAUUUCUUGUUUGUAUCAUAGGGCUCUUUUUGAGGGCUGAGUGUAAAUAGUGAUACAUGCUUUUAUAUGUGGAUAAAUGUUAUGUUUAUAGAGUCACGUAUUUAAUAUUAAAGAAGAUACUUUAAAAGAAAA